UUUCGCUCUUAAUCCGGUUUACAACUCAAGAGAGGAGAGGACGAGAGGUAAGCUCCGAUGUCGUUAAACCCUAGCAAUGGCGGAAACGAUGAAGAGAAGAAGAAGGUGGUCGUGAUAAUGGGCCCCACAGGAUCAGGGAAAUCGAAGCUAGCCGUUGACUUGGCGACUCACUUCCCGGUGGAGAUCAUAAACGCCGACGCGAUGCAGAUCUACAGUGGCCUCGACGUUCUCACCAACAAGGUCACCGUCAACGAGCAGAAAGGAGUGACUCAUCAUUUGCUUGGGAGGGUGAGCACAGAUAUGGAGUUCACUGCUAAGGACUUUCGAGACUCCACCAUUCCUCUUAUUGAGGAGAUCAUUUCUCGCAAUCACGUUCCUGUUCUUGUUGGAGGAACUAAUUAUUAUAUACAGGCUCUUGUGAGUAAAUUUCUUCUAGAGGAUUCAACAGAAGAUGUGGAUGAGUUCUGUUCAAAUGUUGCUCCAGAAGGCUUGGAUGUGGAGUCUAUCUCUGGGAGAGAGGAUUUGAGCCAUGGAUAUGACCUUCUUAAAGAGCUUGAUCCUGUGGCAGCAAACAGAGUUCACCCUAAUAAUCACAGAAAAAUUAAUCAAUACCUGAGCUUGCAUGCUACCAGAGGAGUCCUUCCAAGCAAGCUAUAUCAAGAAAACGCUUCAGAGAACUGGGGAUGCAUCGAUGCGGCCUCCUCUCGAUUCGAUUACUGUUUGAUAUGUAUGGAUGCUGAAACCACGGUGCUGGACAAAUACGUUGGACAAAGAGUAGAUUCCAUGGUGGAUGCCGGACUACUUGACGAAGUCUAUGACAUUUACAAACCAGGAGCUGACUAUACCAGAGGCAUAAGGCAGUCCAUAGGCGUCAGAGAGUUCGAAGACUUCCUGAAAACCUAUCUCCCAGACACAAAUAGCUCCGCUAAUGAUGAUGAUAAGGCCUCGAAGGAGAAUCUGAGGAAGAUUCUUGAUUCUCCAAAAGAUGAUGAGUUGAGGGUUUUGCUGGAGGAAGCAAUUGAUAGUGUCAAGUUGAAUACCAGAAGGCUCCUACGUCGCCAAAAAAGGAGAAUCAAUCGGUUGGAAACUGUCUUUGGCUGGAAUAUCCAUCACGUUGAUGCAACAGAGUGCUUAUUAAGCAAAUCUGAAGAGUCAUGGGAUGCGCAAGUGGUUAAACCGGCGAUAGAGAUCAUCCAGUCUUUCCUGAAAGCAGAAACUGAAUCGGGUCAGGAUUCAACCUUAAGAAAGUCAAUGGAAAGAGAUCUAUGGAGUCAAUAUGUUUGUGAGGCGUGUGGAAACAAGGUGCUAAGAGGAAGACACGAGUGGGAGCAUCACACACAAGGCCGUGUACAUCGUAAGAGAACCGCACGAUAUAAAAAAGCUCAAAGUAUCAAAUGCAGGGAGAAGCAACAAGAAGAAGAAGUGGGGAUUGCAGAGAGACGUCAUGAAAACUGAAAAAGGUAUUCAUAAUGUUAAUAUUAGACCCAUUGAAAAGAAAAAGCCCAUAAAUGCAUUAUUACAAUGUCUAUGGCUUCAUUACAAUUUAUUUUAGCCGUUGUAAUAUUGAAUGUCUACUUAAGAUUGUAUAAUCAGAGCACUUUUUGUUGUUUAAAAUUGUUAUAAUCGAACUGAUAGUUUUAUA